CUCUGACGGGAGCCCUUUGAGCUGAUUGGCAGCAAGCGACAUGGCAGAGGAGCUGUCUCAAGAGCAGGUGGCUGAGUUCAAGGAAGCCUUCACCAGGUUCGACAAGGACGGGGAUGGCACCAUCAACGUGCAGGAGCUGGGUGCUGUCAUGAAGACCCUGGGCCAGAACCCAUCAGAGGCUGAGCUGAAGGAGCUCAUCGCCAGGGUGGACACGGAUGGCGACGGCGCCAUCAACUUCCAAGAGUUCCUGGCAGAGAUGGUUAAGAGGAUGAAGUCCUGGAGUGGCGAGCUGGACAUGAAGGAGGUCUUCCAAGCCUUUGACCUGAAUGGCGACGGCCACAUCACCUUGGACGAGCUCAAGCAGGCCAUGGCCCAGGUGGGGCAGAAGCUCUCCCAGGAGGAGCUGGAGGCCAUGAUCCGGGAGGCAGACGUGGACAAGGACGGUCGGGUGAACUAUGAGGAGUUCUUGCAGAUCCUCAACCAGAAGUGAGGCCCGGCCCGCCCUCUGCCUGACUCUGGUUCUGGGGCCCCUGCUUGUGCGCUGGGGACAUCAAGGGAAAGUCUGGGUGGUGGGAACCCUUGCCUCAGCCUGGGUUCUGUACUGUUGGGAAACCCUCUA